AAUGAAGCUUGGUCGACACUUCUUCGAACGGUUCAUUCAGUUCUUGAUCGUUCACCAGAUCAUUUAAUCACUGAAAUUAUUCUCGUUGAUGAUUUUUCUCAUUUUGAUCAUUUGAAGAAGCCUCUCGAAGAUUAUUUCGCUAAAUAUCCGAAAGUGAAGAUCCUUCGGAAUGAUGAACGUGAAGGCUUGAUUCGAUCUCGAAUUACAGGAACAAUUCAUGCUGAAGGGCCAAUUUUGACUUUCCUCGAUUCUCAUGUUGAAUGUGCUGAAGGUUGGCUGGAACCACUUCUUGAUCGAAUAGCUCAAAAUCCAACAAAUGUCGUUGUUCCAAUCAUCGAUACGAUAAAUGAUAAAACAUUUGAAAUUAGGACCGUCAAACCUUAUCAAAUCGGAAGUUUUAAUUGGAAAUUGAUUUACAAAUGGAUGCUUCAACCCGAGAGAGAAAUUAAGCGACAUAAUAAUUCAAACGAGCCACUUCAUUCACCCACAAUGCCUGGAGGUUUGUUCUCAAUCGACAAGAAGUUCUUUGAGAAGCUUGGAAUGUACGACCCUGACUUUGACAUUUGGGGCGCUGAAAAUCUUGAAAUUUCAUUCAAAAUUUGGAUGUGUGGUGGAACUUUAGAAAUCAUUCCAUGUUCGCAUGUUGCUCACGUCUUUAGAAAGGUUUCGCCUUACAAGUGGAGUGGCUCGGCUGUCUAUAAAAAUCCAAUGCGCUUAGCUGAAGUUUGGAUGGAUGAUUACAAGAAAUACUUUUACAUCGUAAGUGGUUACGACAAGAUUGACAUUGGUGACAUCAGUGAACGUCAAAAACUUCGUGAGAAUUUGAACUGUCAAUCAUUUAAAUGGUAUCUUGAAAAUGUUUUCCCUGAACAAUCCGAUCCAAGCAAAGUGUUGGCACUUGGACAUGUGAGAAGCUUAAUUGACAACACGACAUGCAUAACGAGAGCUGAUUCGAAAAUUCUUCUGUCAAUUUGCACGAAAGGAAAACUGGAACAGAUGUUUUGGUACACAAAAGAAGGCGAAAUUAAAAUUGAUGACAUUUGUCUUGACGCCACUUAUGGAUCAAACAAAGUCACACUUUACAAAUGUCAUGGGUUGAAAGGAACACAGUUUUGGACCUAUUCGAUUGACACGAAUCAAAUUUUUCACAGCAACACAUCGAAAUGUUUAGCAGUUAAUAUCAAAACAAGUUCCUUGAUGACUGAAGAUUGCAACGACGAAUUUACACAUCAAAACUGGUUUUUCGAUAACUACAAUUUAAACAACAUUAACUAA